CUCUGCCCCUCACAACAAUUCACCUUCCUCCACCGCCUCCGACUCCCUCUCUCUCUCUCUAUAUAUAUAUAUAUACAUACAUAUAAACUCACACAUCCCAUCUCACCAACCGACUAGAAACGAAGUCCACUCUGUUUUUUUGAGAAUCCUCUGCUUUCACUGUUUUUCGGAAGAGAGUUUUGGGAAAUUGUUCUGAGAGAGAAUCGAUAAGAGGAAUCAAUGGCGUCGGAAGCAAGCAUAACACCGAAGCUGUCGCUGUUCUCGCUUCCUUCCCAGCGGCCGGAGCCGCCGGGGAUUUUAACACCACCGCUCCAAACCACCGCCUCGGUUCCAUUCAAGUGGGAGGAAGCUCCAGGAAAGCCGAGGGACUGCGGCGGCAGCGCAGAAUCCAAACCCAAGUGCGCGAGAUCCUUGGAGUUGCCUCCGAGGUUGCUGAGCGAAGCGGCCAAAAUUACCAACACGCCCUCCCCGACCACCGUGUUGGACGGGCCUGACGUCGGGCGGACUAUGUCGUUUUCGUUCACAGAUGGGAGCCCUGAUGCUUUUGGGAGUAAGAGGUUGAGCAAGGAGAGUUGUAGGAGCGUCGGCGGUGGCGGUUUUGGGUCUAUGAGGUGGGCAAGUUUCAGGAAGAACAAGGAGGUUGUUGACCACGGCGGUUUUGACUCUUUGCCUCCGGCUAGUGGUGGCGGUGAAACGAAGGUGAAGGUCACAAGAGUUCGGAGGAGAGCUAGCUUCUUGAAUGCUUCCAACACAAGGUCAAGUAUGUGGGCAAGCAUUUACAAAAGCCUUAAGCAGGUGGUCCCCGUUCCAUGGAGACGCAGGCAAGAAAAACUUAGAAAUAUGGCCUCCUAAAGUCUUCCAACCGUUGGAUCAACCCCAUCUGACUCUCCAUUUCCUACUUGUUGAAGAAUAUGUGUAAAUAUAUCAGAAAAUUAAAAAUAGUUUAAUUAGUCUAAAAUUCAUGAGCUUCAAUAUUACAAGGAAAUCCCCUUCCACCAAAUUCACCUAGUUCGGGAUCCGAGCAGUUGAAAUUUGAUCUAACGGCUACAAUUGUUUUAACUUUUAAAAGGGUCUUCUGUUUGUAGUCGUUGAAUUAAAUUUCAACGGUCGAAUCCCAAAGUAGGUGGAUUUGGUGGAAAUGAAUCCGAAGAGGAUCCGUUUCUUUUUAUAAACCCUCUAUAAUUUGUCAGUGUACCAACAAAUUGCCCCCUUUAUCUAAAUUUCUGAGCAUCUACUCUGAUUC